AUGUCAACUUUUGGUACCAUUUUCAGAGUUACUACUUACGGCGAAUCGCAUUGUCCAUCUGUAGGAUGCAUUGUGGAUGGUGUUCCCCCGGGAAUGGAAUUGACUGAGGAUGAUAUUCAGCCACAAAUGACAAGACGAAGACCGGGCCAAAGUGCCCUGACAACGCCCAGAAAUGAGGCUGACACUGUCCAAAUACAGUCGGGAACUGAAUUUGGGGUUACUUUGGGAACUCCGAUUGCCAUGGUUGUGAGGAACAGAGAUCAAAGACCCCAUGAUUACGGCAACUCAACAAUGGAUCUUUAUCCUCGGCCAAGUCAUGCUGACUGGACCUAUCUGGAAAAGUAUGGCAUCAAAGCUAGUAGUGGAGGUGGUAGAAGUAGUGCGAGGGAAACUAUUGGUCGAGUCGCAGCAAGUGCUAUUGCUGAAAAAUAUUUGAGGCUCACGUACGGAAUUGAAAUUGUGUCGUGGGUUUCAUCCGUAGGAAACCUUCACAUGUUUCCACCAACUUCAGAACAUCCAACACCAUCUACCAAUCCAGAAUUUCUCAGUCUGAUCCAAACCAUCACCCGGGAAAAGGUGGAUGAAUUUGGGCCCGUGCGCUGUCCCGAUGCAAAGGUUUCGGCAGAGAUGGCUAAAUUAAUCGCUCAAUAUCGUGAUCAACACGAUAGUAUCGGUGGUACGGUGUCAUGCGUUAUAAGACAUGUUCCCAGUGGACUCGGCGAACCAACUUUUGACAAAAUGGAAGCCAUGCUUGCUCAUGCUAUGCUCAGCAUUCCCGCAUCGAAAGGAUUUGAGAUAGGAUCUGGCUUUGGUGGCUGUGAAUUAUCAGGAUCUCGUCACAAUGACGCCUUCAUUCGCACAGAAGAAGCUUCCCCUGCAGGAACAGGUGCUGCUACCAACGGAAUUACUACACCAAAAUUAACAACAAAGACUAAUAAUUCUGGUGGAAUUCAGGGAGGAAUCACUAACGGCGCGCCAAUCUACUUUCGUGUUGCUUUUAAGCCACCUGCAACGAUAGGGAAAGCUCAAGCUACUGCUACUUAUGAUGGAAGCGAUGGGAGCUUGGAGGCUAAAGGUAGACACGACCCAUGUGUAGUACCAAGGGCUGUUCCUAUUGUUGAGGCAAUGGCUGCACUUGUUGUGAUAGAUGCCCUCAUGGCUCAACAAGCGAGAGAGAUGUCAAAAUCCCUACUACCACCAAUCACGAGAGCACAGGGGAAAGUAUCCACCAAGUCAGCCUUAGUUGAUUCUAAACAAGCGUAA